AUGUCAUCCUCAUCCUUGCACCCCGUGCCAUCCUCAUCCUCACACCCUGUGCCUUCCUCAUCCUUACACCCCAUGCCAUCCUCAUCCUCGUACCCUGGGCCUUCCUCAUCCUUAUACCCCAUGUCAUCCUCAUCCUUGCACCCCGUGCCAUCCUCAUCCUCACACCCUGUGCCUUCCUCAUCCUUACACCCCAUGCCAUCCUCAUCCUCGUACCCUGGGCCUUCCUCAUCCUUAUACCCCAUGUCAUCUUCAUCCUCGCACCCCGUGCCAUCCUCACCCUCGCACCCUAUGCCUUCCUCAUCCUUAUACCCCGUCAUCCUCAUCCUCGCACCCCGUGCCAUCUUCGCCCUUGUACCCCAUGCCAUCCUCAUCCUCACACCCUGUGCCUUCCUCGUCCUUAUACCCCAUGUCAUCCUCAUCCUCGCAUCCUGCUGGCAUUCUCAUCCUCACACCCCGUGCCAUCCUCAUCCUCACACCGUGUGCCUUCCUCAUCCUUGCGCCUAG